AUGAUAAAAGUUUUAAAGCUGGACAAAUUGACACAGAAGAAAAAUAAAUAUGCAAGUCGAUUGAAAAAAGCUUUAAAAUUAACUGAAAACAGCACUUUUCAGAAAAUAAUAAAUAAAUCCACAAGCCUUGCUGCAAUUUUCUUCAACAUGCAGUUCAGAGAAGUGAGGAAAAUGAAGAUGGGACGAAGGUUCACUGAACAAGAAAAAGUCAUGGCCUUGAGCAUUUAUAAGCAAGGACCCAAGUGUUAUAGAUUGCUCAGUAAAAUUUUUGUUUUGCCAUCCCCGCUUACCCUUAGCAGAUUAAUUAAACAAGCUGAUCUAAGGGCUGGAAUUAAUGAAAAACUGUUUGAAGUCAUGACAAAAAAAAUUAAAAAUAUGAAUACUGAUGACAAGUUGUGCAUUCUAUUAUUUGAUGAAAUUGCCAUAUCACUUCAUUUUGAGUAUAAUCAAAGAAAAGAUGUGAUAUCAGGUUUCAUAACAAAUGGAACAACAAAGCAAAAUAAGAUUGCACACCAUGCUCUUGUCUUUAUGAUAAGAGGAAUUUUGCGCAACUACAAACAGCCAGUUGCAUACACCUUUUGUGCUGGCAGUACAAAAAGGGAAGAAUUGGCAGUUUUAAUAAAAAUUAUAAUAAAAAAAUUACAUAAUGUGGGACUGCGGGUGUUGGCUACUGUGUGUGACCAAGGGGCCUCUAAUCUCAGGCAUACUGGAACAAAAUGUCUGUCUCGGAUAUACCUGAAGAAAAUAGCCAAUUUGACAGAAAUUGAGAAGAGAUUUUUGUUGAGAAUUGUGCCGUUCGUGCAAAUUAUACGGAUACAAAACUGGUACAGUCAGGAUUGGUGUAAGGGGCAAGUUGUUCUCUUCGCCAAGGAUAUUAUCGAAUUGGCUGAACAACUUCCGCUUCAACCACAACAAGCUGGGCUGGUUAUAGUCACAGAAAACCUAGAAAACUUACACCAAGCAAGGGAAUUUCAGAUUGAAAUGGCAAAAUUGAAUCAAGCAUUAAAAUGGUUGUUGGUUAAUAAUGCGCUUUACAAAGAUGUUCGUGCGUCAUUUUCUAAUGUAAUAGAUCUCUCUUCAAUAACACAAAUUGCUGAGGCACCUGUAAAUAUUGAACCAAAAUCAACAGAGCCAACGCAAGUAACUACGUAUACUAUACUCGGCGCGGCGAACCUUGAUCCCUAUGACAGUUCGUGU